AUGAAGCCAAUAAAUUAUAUUCAACAGAAAAAACGAUCAACUCGUUCAUUCGAAAAAAUAUUUAAAUUGAAACAAAAUACUCAACAAAAAAUAUGGUUGUAUAAAUUUCCUUUGGAAAUAUUAUUCUAUAUAAAUUAUUAUAUAACUGGUUAUGAAGCUAUUGAAUUUAGCACGAUUGUACCAAUUGAAGCAGCAUCAUGUAAUCGUGCUUUUUGGAAAAUUUUAGAAACAAAUAAAUUGGAUAAAAUAAAUAUAGAAUUUCCUCAAGAUACUCGUAGUACUUAUCAAUUAAUACAAGAUGAACUUUUUCUAAAAGAUUCUGGUCGACGUUAUUUAACAUUUAUCUAUGAUGGAUUUUCGUAUGAGCAAUUCAUGAAACUUAUGUGUUGUUGGAAUACGGAUUCAUUUCGAACUUAUGUGAGACUUCACUCAUAUUCGUGUUAUCAUUUAUAUCCUACGUUACCAGUUUUUCCAUUAUUUCGUUAUUCAUUUUUAUUAAAUUACAGAAAUUUAAAUCCACUUGAAAAUUUAUUAUUUCGUUUAUGUCGACCAACUAAUGAAUGUCAAAAACCAAUUCUUGUGAAUAAUAUGAACGAAUUUUUAUUUAAUUUAAAUAAUAAGUUCUGUUUUGAUGUUAUCAAAUCUUGGAUAAAUUUUUCAUUGUUUGUGUUAGCUGGUAAGUUUAAAUCAUUUUUCUUAUUAUUGAAAUAUGUAUGGUAUAUGACUGAUUUAGGUGGUUCCGUUCUAAACUGUCUUCUAAAAAAUGGAUUCGACAGUUCUUUACAAGAUCUCGAUUUUUUUUGGUUAGGUGGUUCUUUACACUUAUUUGAAAAUGCAAUAGGCCGUUUUAAACGAAUGGCCUAUUCAAAAAUAGUUGAAGAAAGAAAUGUUCCUGGAUUAUUAACAGAAUUUUUAGUCGAUGUUAAAGAAAAACGAAAACUUCGAAUUCAAUUUAUAUUUAAACGAAAAAAUAUAAAUAUAUCAUCUAUAUUGUAUGCAUUUGAUAUUGAUAUAGUUCAAGUUGCGUUUAAUGGUUUUACAGUACUUACUACACAUAGUUUUAUUGAAGCAUUUGCAACUCAAUCUUUUAUUUGCUACAAUCUUACAAAUGAUAUUCGUGAUGUACCUCAUUAUCUUGAUCGUUGUCUUAAAUAUACAUCACGUGGUUUCAAUUGGCUUUGUCCUAUUUUAUAUAAUGAUAGUCUUGCACAGAAGCCACUUGUUCGCGGUAGACGACUUGUUGAUUACAGUUUUCUAGAUUUUUAUUAUAAUGUCGAUACAUAUCAUAUUCAACGUACUUUCCUUAAUUUAAAUUUUUUUGUUUACAGACAAUUACUUAUAGAAUCAGGUUAG